CUUCGUCUGGAGCUCUAUUUUCUCUGUUCUUUUUUUUUCUUCUCUAGCACUUCAUCUACUCCAGAGCAUUCAAGAAGCUCUCCCUCUCUAUCUCACACAAACAAAUUCUCUCUCAUACACACAUAGAUCAUCGAGCCCCGGCAGAAAAGUGGAGAUUGGCGUUCUACAUGUUUUAUUUUUUUGUUCUGGUUUGAUUAGUUUUAUUUUAUUGUUCAGAUUUCAUUAGGCUUAUGAGAAAGAUUGUUUUUGUGUUUCAAAUCUUUCGAUUGACUUUUGUGUUUUUGUUUUGAUUGUGGUAUGUUUUAGCUUGUAACCGUUGAGAUAGAGAAACACUGUAGCCAUUCUAAGUCUAAAAAAUGAGAUGAAGAAGCUAUUGGAGUCGGUUUUUGGGAUGUUUUCUCUCUAAAAUUGGCUUUAAAGAAGCCAUUGGAAAUGCACUUAUCAUUUUUUAGCAAAAAAUUUUCGAUUUUAACUAAAUAAACAAUUCCAAGACUCUAAUUUUACGGAGGGAAUGAUGGUGGGUGUGCAGUGGCUUAUAUUAGCAUUCCGUUGUCUCUUUGAUAUCUUUUGUUUAUCCAAUUUACUUACUUCUUGCCAACUCCUUUUGAAUACAUGACAUUCUGUCUUAGAAUCUCAACUCUAACUCGCCGCCUGGUAUAUGUCUUAGAAUCUUAACUCAAAGAAGCUUAGCUAGUAGGUGUGCUAUGGCUUCCCCUAGCAUACAAGCUGCUCAAUGGUUUCUUUGAUUUCUCUUCUUGUUCUAAAAGAUGUAGUUUGCUUGCUUCUUGCAAAUCCGUUUGAAGACAUGACAUUGUCUGUCAUAUAUAGAAUCUAAACUCAAACAAGCUACGUACUAAGUACUUACCAAUGGCAUCCACCAGCAUUCAAACUGUCCCAUCCUCUUUUACCUCUGCUUUUUCUAAACCCCAACCGGAAUAUGACGUUUUUCUCAGUUUUGGAGGAGAAGACACCCGUUAUAAGUUUACCGACCAUCUAUAUCAUGCUUUGGAUGAUAAAAAGAUUAUUACCUUCAGGGACGAUAAAGAACUUGAGAUGGGAAAGCCCAUUUCGCUGGAACUCUUGGAAGCAAUCGAGAAAUCGAGGAUUGCGGUCAUCAUUUUCUCUGAAAAUUAUGCAUUUUCCACAUGGUGUUUGGAAGAACUUGCAAAGAUUGUUGAAUGCAGGGAUAGAGGCAUAAUAUUGAGAGUGUUGCCCAUUUUCUACCAUGUGGAACCUACUGACGUGCGACAUCAGAAGAACACUUUUGCAGAGGCCUUUGCAAAACAUGAAAAGCGUUUCGAGGAGAACCCAACAAAGGUGCAGAAGUGGAAAACUGCUUUAACAAAUGUGGCCAGUCUCUCUGGAAGGCAUUUGAAGGAUGGGGUGCAUGAGACAAACUUUAUCCGAAACAUUGUUCAAUGGAUAUAUUUGAAAUUGAAAGAGAGACAUUCAAAUGAUAUUGAAGAUGGUCUUGUGGGAAUAAGCUCUCGUGUUGAGGAAAUGAUUUCAUAUUUAGAUAUGGAAUCAAGUGAUGUUCACUUUAUUGGAAUAUGUGAGAAGAGUGGUAUGGGCAAGACAACUCUUGCACGAGCUGUUUUUGAUAAGAUUCUUAAACAAUUUGAAGCUUCUAGUUUUCUCGAAAAUGUUAGAGAGGAAUCUAAAGCACAUGGUCUAAAGACUUUACAAGAACGACUCCUUUGUGAUAUAGGAAAAGGGGGAUUAAGGGUAAAGGAUGUGCAUAAGGGAAUGCAAGUUAUCAGCGAUAUACUGCAUAACAAAAAGGUUCUUAUUGUUGUUGAUGAUGUGAGCGAAAGAAGUCAAUUAGAAACAUUAGUAGGGAAGCGUGAUUUGUUUGGCAAAGGAAGUAGAAUCAUUGUAACUACUGAAGACAGAGAUUUGUUGGCAAGUUAUGAAAUUAAAAUUGUAUAUAAGGCUAGAGGACUAAAUGAAGUCGAAGCUCUACAACUUUUUAGUCUGAAUGCCUUCCACAAACCUCAUUGUGAGAAUGAUUUCUUGGAAUAUUGCAACAAUUUUGUCGAGCUUGCUCAGAGAAUUCCUUUGGUUCUUAAAGUUUUGGGUUCCUAUUUGUAUACUAGACCAAAAAAUGAAUGGGAAAGUGCUCAGAAUCAGCUAAGAGCAAUACCCCAUGAAAAAACUACUAAGAAACUUAGAAUUGCUUUUGAUGGAUUGGGGGCAGAUGAGAAAAAACUAUUUUUAGAUAUUGCAUGUUUCUUCCAAGGGGAGGAGAAGAAUCGCGUUGCUGAUAUACUAGAAUCUUACUUCUCAGGCAUUAAUCCAAUAAAAAAUCUCAUCGACAAAUCUCUAAUUACUCUUGUAGUGGGGGAAAAAUUGUGGAUGUAUAAUUUAUUACAACAAAUGGGUUGGGAAAUUGUUAGUGAGGCAUCAGAUGAAGUUGGAGAACGUAGUAGGUUGUGGCAUUGUGAUGACGUCCUUGAUGUAUUAAAGAACAAUACUGGAACAAAACAUAUAGAAGGCAUGCUAUUAAGAUUGCCUCCAGAUGAUGAAGAAGAAUUGAAUGCUGAAUCAUUCUCAAAGAUGAAUAAACUAAGAUUGCUCAAAAUUUGUAAGGUGCGCCUUUCUUGCCUCAGUUAUCUUUCUAAUGAGUUAUGUUGGCUGGAAUGGCAUGAUUAUCCUUUGGAAUCAUUGCCUAAUAGUUUUCAGCCUGGCGAACUUGUUGAGCUCAUUAUGCAUCGCAGUUGUCUUCAGCAACUUCCAAGUGAAUUCAGUAAGUUGGGAAAGUUAAAGCUCAUUGACUUGAGUGACUCCCAAAACUUAACCCGAACUCCUGACUUCACUGGAUUCUCAAAUAUUGAGAGGCUGAAUUUCCAAGGUUGUACAAGAUUGCAUGAGUUGCACCCUUCUGUUGGAGGUCUUAAAAGACUUAUUCUUUUAAAUCUAAAAGAUUGUAAAUGUCUUAAGAACCUUCCAUAUGAGCUCAAUUUGGAAUCUCUUAAAACUUUAAUUCUAUCUGGCUGUUCAAGAUUUAAGAAAUUUCCCCGUAUUGGGAGAAACAUGAGAAGCUUGUUGAAGCUUUAUUUGGAUGGGACUGCCAUUGAAGAACUACCACCAACAAUCGGGCGUCUAACUGGCUUGACCUUAUUGAAUCUUCAAGACUGCAAAAACCUUAAGAGAUUUCCGAGUGACAUUCAUAGUUUGACAUCUCUUGAAAUUCUCACUCUAUCAGGAUGUAAGUGUCAACCACCAAAAGCAGGGCAUUUGCUUGGGCUCUCUCCUAUUGGAUCCUCAAUUGGUGCCUCCCCCACUUUUCUGCGACUAAUUUUAUUUCUUUUUCUAUCUUUCCUAGCAUGGCGAUACACCUAUCUCAGAAUUCCUAUAUUUGCUACAACUGCUUUGUCAACAUAUUGUUUCCACAAUGCCCGGCAUCCUGAACCAGAGCCCAUCAACCUGUUGUUGUCUAAUUCGUUCUCAAAAUUAAGCACUUUGGUAACUCUAAGUCUAAGUGACUGCAAUCUGUUGGCACUCCCUGAUGACCCUAGCUGCUUGUUGUCAAUAGAGUAUUUGAAUUUGAGCAAAAAUAAUUUUAUAUGCUUGCCCGAUUACACUUCUCGACUUUCAAAGCUCAAAAUUCUUUUCUUGGAUCAUUGUAGCAAGCUUAAAUCAAUGCCAUAUGUUCCAUUAAGUACAAGGUUAGUUUCAGUACAAGGAUGUACUGCGCUUGAAAAUUAUUCAAAUCAAGUUGUUGUAUGGUCUUUGGGUGUAGCAGGAUUCACUAUUAUUACUUGCCUUGGCUUGGCCGAGGAUGAAGAUGGCACAAUUGCUGAGGUUUCUUUGCUAGACAUACACCUAUUAUGGCAAAGAUACGUGAAGGAUCAAAUUCAUCAAAUGGAAGGCUUUUGCCAUGUUUUACCUCAAAAUGAAAUUCCGGAGUGGUUCAAGCAUCAGAGUUUUGGGUCAUUUCGACCAAUCACACUACCUUCAAAUCUGUUCAGUAAUAAAAAUUGGAAAGGAAUCGCUCUCUGUGUCAUUUUUGUAGUCCCAGCACAUUCGAACGACGAUUCUCAUGGAGAGGAUACAAAAUACUUUCAUGAGUUUUAUUGUCGUUUGGACAUAAAUGGAGAUCUUAUAGCUUUCAAGGUUCCUAAGGAAACAUAUGUUGGUUCAUUUGGACUUUGGCUAUAUAUAUCGCAUGCGAGGUUUAGAAAACAUUUAGACGAACGGAGUUGCAUUACCCCUUUCAUUGGAACCAAAAGCCCGGAUAUUGAGAUUAAUAUGUGUGGUGCACGUAUUCUAUAUAAGCAAGAUAUGGGAGAAUUUCUACAAAACCUAGGCCAAAAAAUUGUUGGGAGUCCUAAUGACCUCCGUGGAGAGCUCAACUCACACUCACAGCUUUCAAGAUUGAAUCAGGUGGAUUGGGCACGAAACCAUCUGUCUGGUUAUAUCUUUCCUCAGAUUGCGUCUCCACCACGCUGGUUUGCUUAUCAAAAUGGGCCCGCCAUAAAAAUGCAGUUACCUGCAGAUUUGCAUGAUCAUUCAAGGUGGUUGGGUUUCACUAUAUUUGCUUUGUAUACAAUUCAGAUGAAAAAUGAUGGUUUCAAUUACAAGUGGCAGGGCCGGCCCAAGGCCUAGGCCUGAAGCCCCAUCCCAAAAAAAAUAAAAAA